CGGGACCCGGAAGUACUGUUUUAGUGUUGCUGAUAUUAUUCUCUUGACACGUAGCUAAAUUGGCGGAGUCCAGAGUAGAAUUGUUCUACGUUGCAGACUGUCAGAAAUGUCAGGGUUUGACAACCUCAACACAGAUUUCUACCAGUCCAGCUACAGUGUAGAUGACCACGGGCAACCUGCUGGAUAUGGCUACAGUAACACAGAAGAUCCCUACAAACAGGGUCAAUAUGGUCAGUAUGACUACUCCCAGCCAAUGGGAUACGCAGCCCCAGGGAUGAUGCAACCUCAGCAGCCCUACACCGGCCAGAUCUACCAGCCCACACCGGCCUUCACACCUUCCCCCACGCAGUCCAUGUAUGGCAGCAGCUUUGACGACGAGCCCCCGCUGCUGGAGGAAUUAGGCAUAAACUUUGACCACAUCUGGCAGAAGACCCUGACAGUGCUCCACCCCAUGAAGGCAGCAGAUGGUAACAUUAUGAACGAGACUGACCUGGCUGGACCCAUGGUGUUCUGUCUGGCCUUCGGAGCCACCUUACUUCUAACAGGAAAGAUCCAGUUUGGCUAUGUGUACGGCAUCAGUGCCAUCGGCUGCCUGGGGAUGUACUGCCUCCUCAACUUAAUGAGCAUGACCGGCGUGUCGUUUGGCUGUGUCGCCAGCGUACUGGGCUACUGCCUGCUACCCAUGAUCCUCCUUGCCAGCUUCGGAGUCAUCUUGUCUUUACAAGGCAUGUUUGGAAUAAUCAUCGCAGCCACGAUAAUUGGCUGGUGCAGUUUCUCUGCUUCCAAGAUCUUCAUCUCGGCCCUGGCCAUGGACGGACAGCAGCUUCUGGUGGCGUACCCCUGUGCCCUCCUCUACGGGGUCUUCGCCCUUAUCUCUGUCUUCUAAAUGUUGUCGGUCUACACCAGGGUUCCCCUAACUCGGUCCUGGGGCUCUGGGGCACAUUUCCUUUGUUUGCCCUAGUACUACACGUGUUUUGAAUAACCAACUCUUCAAGCUUUGAUUAUUUGAGUCAGUUGUGUAGAAAUCCAAAACCAAAAUGUGCACCCAGGUGGUGGGACCAGGACAGAGUUGGGGAAACCCUGGUCUAGAACUGUGUUUUCCAACUCCUAUCGUGCUGUACCUCUAACAGAACACAUUCUUCCUGUAGCCCUGGACAAGCACACCUGAUUCAACUUGUCAACUAAUCAAGCCCUCAUUGAGUUGAAUCAGGUCAGUUUGUCUGCGGCUAUAACAAAAAAGUGUAUGCUAUUGGAGGUACUGGAGGACUGGCAUUGGGAAACACUGGUCUACACCCUGCAAACGGACCAACAAACCCAACUAACUUUAGGGCCUGUCAGAGGCCCUUCUGUGCUGCACCCCCAUCGCAGUGGUGUGACCAGUUACCCUGUCUGUUGCAUUCCAUUUUUACACCUGCUUACACAGGUCUGUGCAAAAGUAUAAAUUCCAAACCCCUUCUAUUCAGGACUAAGGACCCAUCCACCGACCACCACAGAAUCUUCUAUUCAAUGUAAAGCUUCUUUAUUCUGUAUGUUUGUUUCUUAGAUUUAUUUGAGCCUUGAGGCCUUCAGAAAAUGGUUUGCACAAGUAUUUUCAAUUUUUUUCAACUGAAGCAGGAGAUUUGAAAUAGAGCAGUUAGUUAAUUCUGUCGGCCCUCUCAUGCAUACAUGCACAUCUGGGUACUCUGAGGUCAACUUGCAACUCGGAAGAGACAUAUCUUACAAAGCUGAAAUGGUUUUAAAUUGCUGAAACACCAAAGCUCUGUGCCCUUCCCCACUAUAUUUCCCAGCCCUAGGCGCAUGGCCUAACAGUGAGCCUCCUUAGCUAACUACAUGUGGUCAAGGGUGUGUUAGUUAUGCAGCUUGUGUGAUUGUAAACUUUGGUCAGUCAGUGCCUGCAUAAUGACAGCUGCACACAUGCAGACUCAAAGAAUUUAUGUCCCAAAAAAAUAAAAUGUUGUUUUUUCAUUUUCUCUAUUGACCAGUGGGAACCAGCUAAUGUGUGCCUCAUGACCUAGUUUUUGUUCAUAUUUACCGGCACAUUUAUUUUUAUUGUAAAAUGAUAGUUUGAUCACAUUAAAGCUGAAAUAUGAAACCUUUUUGGCGACCUGACCAAAUUCACAUAGAAAUGUGAGUUAUAGCUCUGUCAUUCUCAUUUGAAAGCAAGUCUAAGAAGCGGUAGAUUUGUACGCUAUUUCUAUGCUUUCCUUAAGUUAAGUUUCACUGUGUAAUGGUAUUGUACUACAGGUUGUUAAACCACACACGAAGGAGCUCACAGAUCCUGAGUUUUGUCUCCUUAACUUAAAUCCUCCUUUUCAUGCAGUUUGCAUUUAAUCAGUUUUCUAUUGUUUUCAACCCUGUUCCUGGAGAGCUACCAUCCUGUAGGUUUUCACUCCAAACCUGUUCCUGGAGAGCUACCAUCCUGUAGGUUUUCACUCCAAACCUGUUCCUGGAGAGAGACCAUCCUGUAGGUUUUCACUCCAACCCUGUUCCUGGAGAGCUACCAUCAUUUAGGUUUUAACUCUAACCCUGUUCCUGGAGAGAGACCAUCCUGUAGGUUUUCACUCCAACCUUAAUCUAGCGCACCUUCUAAUAGUUAGCUGGUUGAUAAACUGAACCAGGUUAGUUACAACUGGAGUUGGAGUGACCAUCUACUACAGGAGGGAAGUUCUCCAGGAAGAGGGUUGGAGACCCCCCUGCUGUAGGCUAUGUGUUGAGGCUUUUUUUUUUGGCUUCAGGUUGAAAGUUUCGGUCUUUUGCCAUUCACUUUGGACUGAUAUUAAAAUGUGGCUUUGGAAUUUUGAUUUCACACACAGGUGUCAUCUGAGAGGCUGUUAAUGAGCACAGGGUUUUAAGGUCAUUGUUUUUUUGUUAUUCCUAUAGAUUUGUUUCUGUGCUAAACCUGAGCUCCUCAAAUGGAUGCGUUUUUAUAUUUUUGCCCUCUUAAGCAAAAUGCGGCAAUGAAAAUGGAGUGCUUUUCAAUUUCAACAAAUGUUAAGGGGGUACUGCAUUUCAAAAAACCCAGAGUAAAUACAGUAAGUAGCCUUUCACGAGCUAGCUGGAACGGCUCAAAGGAGCAGAUCUCCUGAGGUAGAUUGACGUACAAGUAUACCCCCUGGACAGGAUGCUAGUCUAUCGUAGGGCCUUACCCAAAAAUCUCCUUAAUGCUGAGUGCCAGGCAGCGACGCAUCGUGUCCCAUUCUUAGUCUCUUUGUAUGAUGCGGCCAGGGAUCAAACUCCCAACCUUUCAAUCUCAGGGCGGACACAAGGCCACUGAGCAAUUACAGUGCUGCUCUUAUAU